CCCCUCAGGAUCGUCAGGGAAGGUACCGAACCAAGGGACAAGAUAACCCCAGAAGACAGCUGCAGUAGCAGCCCCUGUGGCCCAAGCGGCUAGAGUCCCAGCCAAGCUCUUUCCACUGCGGAGACGAAGCGUGUACCGGCCAUACAAGCGCCCGAAGGUGGAUGCAGCGGUGUCGCACCAGCUCAGGAGCAAAACGCCCACCACGCCAACAUCCUUUGGGAAGAAACGGAGAGAGAUAUAUGCUCCCAACAGGUACCAGAUCACACCAUUGUACCCGGCUACCUCGGUCUCUCGCAUAAGCGCCCCCAAGCACCGGAUGUACAGUUUGUUUACAGACUGGUAGCGGUGUCGUAGGAAAUCGGUAAUAGCUAUUGGGAUCAAUGCUGUUAGGAGCCAGGGAGCUACGUUCAAGGUCUGGACCCCACGGUAGUAGAGAUGGAGCGUGACAAAUCCGAUUGAAACAUGGAGAAGUUUGCGCGGGAUUUCAUGCCGAUGAAUAAAAGUCCUGUAGUGUCUAUGAAGCGGUAUGAGGCCUAGUGGUGAAGGAGAACGGGAGAAAGCCCGCAAACGGUUUUGAAUGUUGGAAUAUGGGGAGAGAUGGCCAUUCGCAGGGACAUAUCCAUUCGACAGGGGUUCGGAUUUUGAUAAGCCUGUUAUCGAGGCGCCGUUCACAGGCGUUAGUCCCGUCAUUCGUCGACGUGCUUGAUUCGGAGGUAGCCCAGUCGGGCUCCGAGAGCGCGUACGUGCGCGGCGGUCUGUAAUAGAGUCCGAGCUUGAUUCCUCCUCACUCUCAUUGUGGGUUUCGUUCUCCUCUGAUAUGGCGGGAGGCGACGAGAGGCGUUGUCUCGCAGAAGCGGAUCGCGUGACACGGCCAGACUCAACGUUUCCGGCGGUCAAAUUAUCUGAAGGAGCGGGAGACGGCGAAGUUACGCGGGGAGUAGUGGGAACAGCAUACAUAACUGACAUGACAGCGGAAAUCCUGGAGGGGCGCACUAGGAAACACGAUCGACGCGAUGAGGGCAGUUAGAGCCCCGACACUAGAUCCCUUGCGAGUGGCAGAAAAGAACGAAAAACGGCAGCCAGAGGGUAGAAUAUCCCGCGAAAGAUACUGUAAGGAGGGGCUAUAACGCCACAAAAAUAGAGCUCUGUGUUUGUCAAGGGAGCGCUCGCUGCGGAAAAUGCAGGCGCAUUCUGGGCCAGCAAACACACAAGCGGUGUGGUUUCUUCACCCUGAGACGCACAAAGUAGUGGAAAGCAAAGCGACAGUAGAGUGAGGAGCUGCAGAGGAAAUAAAAAGAUAGAGUCCGUGUCUCUGAGAUGAUGCAGAUGAAUAACUUGUCAGCUUCAAUAUUUCCAAAUAAGGGCUUUUAGCACGUGAUAAUCAGCUUUUCCGCCACGCUCCGCAGGUCACGUGGGGCGGAGCAAUUUAUAGCGGCGUAAAACGGCAGAAAUUAUUCCGCGCGCCAAGACUUCCACUUUUUUACUCCAUUGGGAAACUAUCGCAGACUUCCCCAACCUCAUCUCAAGCCUCCACGUUAAGCUUGAGACCGGACGGAAUUGUGAUACCCGCGUGCAGAAUGGCUCCAGCGAUUCCGCAGAGCUCUAAGUCUAGAGCUUGGGAUGCUCUCACCCCUCCAUUGUCGGAAUGGAUCCUUGACGCUAUUUCCACUAUGGGCUUCUCCCGUAUGACCCCAGUACAGGCCUCGACAAUUCCUCUGUUCAUGGCGCAUAAGGAUGUCGUUGUUGAGGCUGUGACGGGCAGCGGGAAGACAUUAUCCUUUUUGAUUCCCGUAGUAGAAAGGCUUUUACGGCUGGAAUCACCUAUAAAAAAGCAUCACAUUGGAGCCAUUAUCAUCUCCCCCACCAGAGAAUUGGCCACUCAAAUAUACAAUGUCUUGCUGUCUUUGCUAGCCUUCCACGGUCCAUCCGCGGCGCGCCUUCAGCGGGCAGGUAACAACAACGAAGGCGACGAGGCUAACCCUGCCCCAUCGUACCCAUCAUCCACGUUGAAAAUAGUACCUCAACUCCUACUAGGAGGCGCUACAACCCCCGCGCAAGAUCUAAGUACAUUUCUAAAGCAGUCGCCUAAUGUUCUCGUAUCAACACCGGGUCGCCUUCUUGAGCUUUUAUCGUCGCCUCAUGCCCAUUGUCCACAGUCGUCGUUUGAGGUUCUUGUCCUCGAUGAGGCGGACAGACUUUUAGAUUUGGGUUUCAAAGAAGAUCUACAGAAAAUCCUUCAACGAUUACCCAAGCAACGGCGAACGGGUCUUUUCAGUGCCAGUGUCAGCGAGGCAGUCGACCAGAUUAUUCGCGUCGGCUUACGGAACCCGGUUAAAAUUGCAGUCAAGGUGAAAGGGGCAGGUUUGGAGGAAAAGCGAACUCCAGCGAGCCUUCAAAUGACCUACCUCCUUACCCCACCAACCCACAAACUGCCUGCCGUGAAAAAGAUCCUCUCAACCCUCUCACCCACCCCGCAAAGAUCCAUCCUUUACUUCUCCACCUGCGCCGCAGUAGACUAUUACCAGCACAUCCUCCCUUCCCUCCUACCAGACCAAUUUACCACAAUCCCUCUGCACGGCAAACACCCCCCACAAGUCCGUCAGAAAAAUUUCACCCGCUUCGCCCACUCCGUCACCUCCUGCAUCCUCCUAACCACGGACGUGGCCGCCCGCGGCCUCGACAUCCCAGCCGUAGAUCUAGUAAUCCAAAUAGAUCCCCCGACGGAUCCAAAAGUCUUCCUCCACCGCUGCGGACGAGCAGGCCGCGCUGGCCGUCGCGGUCUCAGCAUCAUCUUCCUCCACCCAGGUCGGGAAGAGGAUUACAUCCCAUUCCUCAAUGUGCGCAAAACGCCCGUGACGGAAUUCCAAUCCACCUCCACCUCCACCUCCACCACAUCCACAUCCUCAUUCUCCCACCCAAUCCACAUCACACCCACAGACGCCAUAACCACCACCGAACAAAUCCGCACCCUCGUCCUUCAAGACCGCGCCGUACACGAUAAAGCCCAGCGCGCCUUCGUCAGCUGGCUACGCAGCUACAGCAAGCACCAGGCCAGCAGCAUAUUCCGCGUCACAGACUUGGACUGGGAGGAGCUGGGGCGAGCAUGGGGGCUUCUGCGACUGCCCAAGAUGCCCGAGCUAAAGGCGUUUACAGGUGAUAAGAGUCUAGGCGUUAGUGGGGUGGAUUGGAAUAACUAUGCGUACAAGGAUAAGCAGAGAGAGAGACAUCGGCAGGAAGAGAUGGGCGAGCGGAGGAGUGGUGGCGACAUUGAUCAUGAUAAUGCUGCGAGUGUUAAUGGUGAGAAGGGGCCUCUGAAGAGGCCUGUGGUUAGCGAAUCGAUUCCAUGGAGUCAGAAUCUGGAGAGAAAGAGUGAGAAGGAGCGGCGACGGGAGAGGAAGAAAGCUAAGAGAGAGCAUGAGCGGUGGGAAAAGAUGACGGAGGAAGAGAGGGAGAAAGUAAGAGAGACCGAGCGGAUGGUGAGUGCCGUUCGAAAAUCUGCGAAGGAACAAGCUCAAACCGAGGCUGAAGAGGAGUUUGAAGGGUUCGAUUAGCUGCUACUCAGGGGCUUUUAUAAUACACACUACGUAGCAAUUCAUCGGUUACAAUUACUUUAUGAUUCCCUACAGUAAAAGAGAAUGAAUAUCUUGGCAAAAAAUCAAUUGCGCCUUUCCCCCCAGCCCCCCGGACUCCAAACAAAAGCUAAUCAUACAUGAUCUAUAAAAAUAUAAAAGCCAGGAGCAAACAUGCAUACGUGCAUACAUACGUGCGUGCCUACAUACAUGCGGCCCGUUAAACCCAGUCUACUUCUUUUCCCCCAGAAGAGGAAGAGAGGGAAUAAACGAGCAAUAGAAGACGAAAAAGAAAUCAAAAAAGUAAAAAAUCAAAACACAAUACAAAAGAAAAUAUGAGCCUUUCGAAAGUACCCAGUCA